AUGGCUGUCUGGACACUUCAAAACCUCCUUCUCUGGGAAGUGUUGCUCCCAGCUGUCUGGGCCCAGGUGCAGGGGCUCGUGGGCGACUCUGCUUUGCUGGAGGCAGAGGUGCCCCCAGGUUUCCGAGUCCGUGAGGCCAUCUGGAGGUCCCUGUGGCCCUCAGAGAAGCUGGUGGCCACAUUCUUCCGUGGGGCACCGGAGAUCCUGUACGACUCACGAUUCCUGGGCAGGACCCGGCUGCACAGCAACCUCAGCCUGGAGAUCCAGCUUCUGGAGCAGGGGGACAGCGGCAACUUCUCACUGCUGCUGGUGGACACCAGGGGCCGAACUGAAAGCCACAUUCUGCAGCUCACAGUGUAUGAAGCGGUUUCCAGACCCACAGUGCAAGUUUUCAUUGCCACAGCAGGUGGCACCCAGCCACCCAGGACCUGCCAAGUCUUCCUGUCCUGUGUGGUUCCCAAUAGCAGCGAAGUGACCUACAGCUGGCAGCGAGAGGGUGCAGCGGAGCUAAGGGACCCCCAACAGAGUCUCUUCAUCGAUAGUCAAGUGCUGAGGAUCUCCCUGGGGCCAGAGGAUGAGGAUACCGUCUACUCUUGCAUUGUGUCCAACCCUGUCAGCUGGGACUCGGUGGCCAUCACGCCCUGGGAAAGUUGCCUCCAGAAUACUGAACCAGGGAAUAAAUCCUACAAAGACAUACUGCUAGUGGCAGUGCCCAUCUCUCUGCUCUUGCUGCUGGCUGGCAUCCUCUCCAUAUGGCACUGUGCCCUCUGCUCAGGGAAAAAGAGGAGAAACAACACUGCCAACAGUACGGACACAGAGACAGAGAUGCCGCCGCUGCAGUUCAGCUGCCAAAAAUCCUUGUGACACCAUCGAGCCAGGGCUGCUGGGAUUGUCCUUGGAGUGCUUGCUUAGCCCAUGGUGACUUGGGGAAUGGCCCAGCACUUAUAAACCACCCCCAGUAUAUUCACCUCUCUCAAGAAACUCUUUCACUCCCUGGCAUACUGGUAGUGGGCAGAUCAUCCUCGAGCCUCUGGACUCUAGGACAUGGGCAACAAUGGAGCAGAUUCUCAAGGGAAGAAGGGGUUGACUCAUCCUCCAAGUGAUACACACCACCAAUGCCUUCCCCCCGGCACUGUGAGGAGGAAGUUCAGAGGGAGGUUCCUAGAAGCACCAGAAGUUUUUGUAGAAAUAGUUACAGAAUAUGUGGCCAUAGGAACCAUACAGACACAUGCUGUCUGGAACAUUAGCCCCACAGCCACUGUUCAUUAUGGCAUUGACCACCUGGGCACCACCAAAACUAACACCAGCUAUCCAAGGCAUUGCUACAGUGCUGGGCACACGAAGGGUGCUUAAUAAAUGAGUGUUGAUAGAUUGAUGUGCACAGGAUCCCAAGGCCCUGGAAAACAUUAGACAGGGCUUCCAAAAACAAAUUCUGUGGAGCC